AUGGAGGAGGCCCUAGCGGUGGGUACAGUGGAUAUCCAGGUGGCGGAUAUGGUAGUGGCCCCAGGUGGAGGUGGGGGUUAUGGAGGACGCCAAGGCGGUGAAUAUGGAGGAUUUCCAGGAGGAGGAUUCAGUGGAGGCCCAAGAGGGGGAUUUGGAGGCAGCCCAGGUGGGGGAUACGGAGGAGGGCCAGGAGGUAGAUAUGGAGGAGGAAAUCGGGGUGGCCGUGGAGGCGGCGAUUAUGGAGGAUGGAACUAA